AUGUAUCAAUUAUCAAACAAUCAAUCAAUCGCACUCCCUUCAAGACCUUGUCGACAGUUAUGCGAGAAUAGGAAUUCAGCGUGUCUUGCAAGUUACUUGGAUUGCUCUUCCAACGAUCAAUAUCCAGUGGAUUCUACUACUUAUCAUGUACAAUCAACCAAUGAUAAUAUUACAAUUCAAUGUAAUUCAUUUGGUUAUCAAGAUGGAUUAUGUCCUGAUCCUUUGAUAUAUGUUACAGAUCAGAUGUCCAAAUCAACAUAUUAUUACAUGGUAGUUGAUAAAUGUGCAUUGCCAUGUCCCUACUUCCUUUGGAAAGAUCAAAAAACAUUAUACCGAGUUCAAACAAUACUCAACUCAUUCAAUCUCGUACCCUCGGUCCUACUCCUCAUAAUCUUUGGAUUCCUUCCAAGAGUAAUCACCAUCAAAAUGGAGAUCAUCUUCUCAUUUGCCCUUUCAUCAAUCUUUGUAACAAUAUCAUACCUCAUCUCCCCAUCUCAAGAGAUGUAUUGUAGUGGUGACAAGGGAUGGAUGGUACAGAAGGAUGCGCUAUGUGGAAUUAAUGGAGCAUUCUUUUUGUUUGGAGCACUUGGUAUGAUAUUCUGGUGGACUUACAUGUGUUAUGAUUUCUAUAUAUCGAUCAAAGGUGUAAAGAAACAAUGGCCAUUCAAAUACUAUAGAAUUAUAAUAUGGUCAUCAGCACUUAUAUUAAUUGCACUGCCAUUGGCGGCCAACCAAAUGAUAUCAUCACCAAAGACCAUUGGAUGCUACAUUGACAAGACUGCAAUAUGGCCAAUAUUGACAUUCCAUUUGCCAUCAUCAAUAUGUGUAUUCUUCAUAUUCUAUGCAACUAUAUAUUCAACUUAUAAGGUCUACAAAAUAUACAAGAUUGUAGAGUCAAAGAAGAUGUUGUAUUAUAAUGUCAAACAAGUUGUGAUCAUGAUGGUACUAUUAUUCAACUUUAUAUUUGUAGAGUUGUAUGGAUUGGUGGCGUUUGCAACUAAGGGCGCAGACCAAGCUACAAUGGAUGAUUGGAUAAAAUGUCUGGCAAUCAAUGGAAAGGAUAGUUGUCAGCUUGAAAUGCCAAACUUUAUCCUGAGACUACUGAUCUCAAUUGCAAUUCAAAGUAAUGGAUUAGUUGGAUUCUUUGCAUAUGGUUUAGAUGCCAGUAACAUCACAAUCAUCAAAGAGUCAAGACUAUAUUCAUUCUUUUCCAACUUUUCAAAGUUCCUACCAUUAUCAUCAACAUCAUCAACUUCCAGUGGUAGUGGCAGUGGUGGCAAUGGAAGUGGUAGUGGCAGUGGCAGUGGUAGCGGCAGUGGCAGUGGAGGUGGUAGUGGAAGUGGAGUUAGACCAGUAUCAUCAAGACCAAAGAGUAGUUAUGGUAGUCCUAUUAGUAAUCAUCGUGGUGAUAGACCUUCAUCAUCAAGAUUGAAUAUCAUUGACAACAACUUUGGUGUACCAACGAGCAUCUACAACGACUACGACAACAACAACAACACGGACAUUGAGAUGAUGUCACAAGAAGUCAGUCCUACUACUACUACUACCAGUAUUAUAACGAACGAA